AUGAGGCGAUUUCGAAAGUGCGAAGUUCAUAUUCAUGUUAUUCCUCGAUUCGGCGUGAAAGUCAGCAACGCAACAUACGUUGCACGAUUUCUUGGCAUUACACAUCAUGGAUCAAUGACCAAGAAGUUCCCUCCCCUCUCAGCCUGGGCGGCAAAUACGACACCGCUUUUCACCGUCCCCUCCUCUGCGAACGCUAAAAAUGGUCUGCCGGGGCCGCAAUGCGGCGAACACAUCGGUAUCGAUUCGUCGCCAUUUUGGACCUCGAGCAUUACCACUCAAUGCGAAGAGAGUGUCUUCCCGAAGAAUGUCAUGCAAAACAAACAGUUUUCCAUCGCAAGCCUCUUUAAUCAACUUCAAACCGUGGCAUUUGACCAUCUGAAUCGUCAACCUCUGCGGCCUCUCGAAAUUGGAAAGGGAUCUUUGAAGUACAUCUUGCUCUUAAUCUUAGAAAUGAAUACCAUUCACCCAGCAGGGCUGCGGUUUGGGCCAAACGACUCGCGACCCAUGUCUGCCAAGUCCAUUUAUAGUGCUGGGCCUAAAGAUAGCUUCAGCCUCAAAGGCUGCGAAUCUGCAUAUUUGUCGCCUUGUGUGGCCAUUGUCCGCGGUCAUUUUGCGUGCAAAAGUGCGGUGGGAAAGUUGGCAUUGCUUGCUUUCCCACCUGAGCAAGAUCGCGUCACUUACACCGCCGGAAUAGACGGUGGCGUCCAGGACAAUUUGUUUGUCGAGAACCUUACCGUUUCGGAGACGGCUCCACUUACGGUCCACUUUGCGGCCGUCAAGGUGCCCUGCCGCAUUAAGCGGCCACAACCGGCAUAUUACAGCUGCCAGGCAAUUGGUUUGGCUUUUUCAUCAUGCUCGACGAAGCCGUUGGCUGAUGAAAUCCCAGGUAAACGCUACACUUUUGUUGGCUCUGAUAGCGUGAUUCGACCGUUCUUCGAUCGAGCCUUGGCGUUCGGCGUCAAGCAGAACAUCGGAGCUUACGUUGCCACGGUUCAAUCCAACGCCGAUGCCGACUCCGAGCGCUGGGGCCCGAUGGACGGGGACAGAUGGCUGAGCCGACAGCAAAAAGUGCAACAAGUCCAAAUAUCAUCCACUUCAGGCACUGGGUAUCGUCAGCGACCAAAAUUCAGCCAAGAAAAUGCAGGCAAGGUAGUAUGCAAGCGCCCCAGCCCUACAGCCUCGAAAUCAUCCGACGUCCGUUAUCAGAACCGCCAACCGGGAAAGCCACGCGCAUCAUCCCAUCAGUUUUUCUCUUACCGAACACGUCGUCUCGACCCAAUCGUCAUCGAAUCCAAACCCGCGAUGAUCGAUUCCCAGCCAGGCGUGCCAGACAACCAGCCAAGCCUCUCUUCUUACCUCCAGGGUAAGCAUACCAAGGAACGGGGAACUGAGAACUGCCCUAUGCCGUUUGCGCCAACCAACCAGGUUCUCUGGAAUCAGCCUCCUGUUUGA